AUUUGUCGCCAGCUGCAACAUGAAAUCCUGGCAAGUAGCUGUGUUGGCUCUAGCGGCCGUCUAUCUGUGCAGUCAGGUGCAUUUUGUCCAGGGACUCGAAUGCUAUGUGUGCUCCAACCAGACGGGCAACACAGAGAAGUGCCUCAACACAAUCAAAACCUGCGAACCGUUCGAGAAUGUCUGCGGCACCGAGAUACGCUGGGGCAGCCAGCCCUACUUCUCCGAGGGCGCGCUCAAGCAAUAUUAUGUGUCCAAACGCUGCAUGACCAAGGAGCAGUGCCAGUCGAAGCGUCGGCGCUAUAUGCAGUUGUACUGCACUCACAUCUGGUAUGAGGAUUGGGCGUGCAACGAAUGCUGCCAGGGCGACAGAUGCAACUAUUUUGUUAUCAGCGGCGCGACGGGUCAACAGAGCCACAUGCGGUUGCUAUUAGCCGCGCUCCUGGGCGUCGGACUGCUCAUAAGGCGUGGCAUAGUGCCCUAGGCAAUGCACUUUUAUUUUGCACUUCUAAUACGCACAUUC